UCAGACACGGCAGGAGAAACGACCGCAAAUGACUCUCGUCUUCCUCACGAGCUGAAGCUCUCUCUCUCUCUCCCUUGAAACACAUAAAGGGAAAAAUGUCUUCCUCUACAUGUUUCAAAUGCUACCCUUGGUCUUACUCUCCAUCCCUCCCUUUCUUCCAAAAACCCACUUCGUAUUUCUCCAUCUCCUUCUCAUCCACUCAACAAAACCAAACCCAGUUUCCUCUCUCCCACAAUUUCACUCCCACUCAACUCCUCGACACCCUCCGCCGCCAAAACGAUGAAUCCUCUGCUCUUCGCUUAUUCGAUUGGGCCUCAAAGCAGCCCAAUUUCACCCCAAACUUAUCCAUCUACGAAGAACUCCUCACCAGGCUUGGAAAACACGGCUCCUUUGAUUCUAUGAAGCAUAUUCUACAACAAAUGAAGCUCUCUGGCUGUGAACUUCGUAGAGGUACAUUCCUGAUUCUUGUCGAAAGUUAUGCCGAUUUUGAUUUGUACGAUGAAAUCCUUGACGUUGUUGAGUUGAUGGAGAGUGAGUUUGGUUUAAAGUCCGACACCCAUUUUUAUAAUUUCCUUUUGAAUGUUCUAGUGGAUGGGAAUAAGUUAAAGUUAGUAGAAGCUGCUCAUAAUGGAAUGGUUAGUAGAGGGGUGAAGCCUGAUGUUUCAACUUUCAACGUUUUAAUUAAGGCUUUAUGUAAUGCACAUCAAAUUAGGCCUGCCAUUUUAAUGAUGGAAGAAAUGCCUAGUUAUGGUUUAAGCCCUGAUGAGAAAACGUUUACCACGAUAAUGCAAGGGUUUAUUGAUGAAGGUAAUUUGGAUGGUGCAUUGAGGAUUAGAGAACAAAUGGUGGAAGCCGGACAACAAGUUACUAAUGUGACUGUGAAUGUUUUGGUACAUGGGUUUUGUAAGGAAGGUAGGAUUGAGGGGGCGUUGGAUUUUAUACAGAUAAUGACGAAUGAAGGGUUUUAUCCAGAUCAAUUCACUUUCAAUACACUGGUGAAUGGUUUGUGUAAGGCAGGUUAUGUUAAACAUGCUUUGGAGAUCAUGGAUGCGAUGCUUCAAGACGGGUUUGAUCUGGAUAUAUUUACAUACAACUCUUUGAUUUCUGGAUUGUGUAAAAUUGGCGAGAUUGAGGAGGCAGUGGAAAUUUUAAACCAAAUGAUAUUGAGGGAUUGUUCACCAAACACUGUUACGUAUAAUACCUUGAUUAGCACCUUGUGUAAGGAGAACCAAGUUGAAGAAGCCACUGAACUUGCUCGUGUACUAACAAGUAAGGGGAUUUUUCCUGAUGUUUGCACCUUUAAUUCUUUGAUACAAGGUCUGUGCCUGACAAGAAAUCAUAGUAUUGCUAUGGAACUGUUUGAGGAGAUGAAGAACAAAGGGUGCCAACCUGAUGAAUUUACCUACAAUAUGUUGAUUGAUAGCUUGUGUUGUAGAGGGAAACUAGAAGAAGCUUUAAGCCUGCUUAAAGAAAUGGAGUCAGGUGGCUGUGCUCGGAAUGUUAUUACUUAUAAUACUUUGAUUGAUGGAUUCUGCAAAAACAAGAGGAUUCAAGAUGCAGAGGAAAUCUUUGAUGAAAUGGAAAUUCAAGGGGUUUCAAGAAAUUCAGUGACCUAUAACACCCUCAUUGAUGGUCUCUGCAAGAGCAGGAGGGUGGAGGAGGCUGCUCAGCUCAUGGACCAGAUGCUAAUGGAAGGAUUGAAGCCUGACAAGUUCACGUACAAUUCUCUGCUUACAUACUUUUGCAGGGCUGGGGAUAUUAAAAAGGCUGUGGAUAUCGUCCAAACCAUGACUUCAAAUGGGUGUGAACCAGAUAUUGUCACCUAUGGAACCCUGAUUGGAGGCCUUUGUAAGGCAGGUAGGGUAGAUGUUGCAACAAGAGUCCUUAGAACUGUACAGAUGAAAGGGAUGGCUUUGACGCCACAUGCUUAUAACCCUGUUAUUCAAGCACUAUUUAGACGGAAGAGAACCAAUGAAGCUAUGAGGCUUUAUAGAGAGAUGUUGGAGAAGGGUGAUCCUCCAGAUGCCAUAUCAUAUAAGAUAGUAUUUCGUGGCCUUUGCAAUGGUGGAGGACCAAUUGGAGAAGCUGUUGAUUUUGUAGUCGAGAUGAUUCAGAAAGGAUUUUUACCUGAAUUCUCAUCAUUCUACAUGCUGGCUGAAGGACUUUGUUCAUUAUCUAUGGAGGAUACCUUAGUAAAGCUCAUUGAUAUGGUAAUGGAGAAAGCAAACUGCUCAGACAGCGAGGUUUCCAUCAUAAGGGGUUUCCUUAGAAUUCGUAAAUUUCAAGAUGCUUUGGCCAUUCUUGGAAACAUACUGGACAGCAAAAAGCCUAAGAAAUCUUUCUCGUUAAGAUGAAAUUUAUCUCCACAAACUGGUAGCAAAUGCAGAAGCCUCAUUGUUGAUUUUAUAAAGUUGGCGUUCAAUGUUAUUUCAAGUGCAAGUUCAUAUCCUUUUGCUGAUGGACAAGAAUAUAAUCACAAUUUUGACAGAAAUUCCGCAGGAUGAAAUGCUUGUACUCCGGCUUAUAUCAGUGCAUUAUGGUACCCUUUGCUUUCUUUUUUCUAGCGCGGAGGAGCAGAUUUCCUCUUCCACAUUUAAUUUCUCAGGCACAGACGCAUUGUUCUAAUCGACCAGCAUGUUUCAGUGUGCAGAUACAUUGCUCUCUCACCAGAACAGGAAUAUUUAUCUUCUUCUUGACCAUGUUAUAAAGCAAUGCUUAGGAUUCUAGUACAGAGUGCAUGUUGCACUAGGCAUUAAUCGCUUUUAUUUUCCCUUGUACCGACUGAAUUUGAGAAAUUUACCAGGUGAGAUUUACAUAUUGUACUCU